CAAACCGCCUCGCCAAUGGCGACGAACUCCUCCCCUGGAGGCUCCCGGCAUGCCCCGCGCCGCGCCCUUCCGCUUCCGGGGCGCGGGACGGGAGGGGGGAGGGAACGGCGGGAGUCGGGGCGACGUGUCUUUGUGCUGCCAGGAGCCGCGUUGCGAGGGGAGGUCAUGGAGCUGGAGGCCAUGAGCAGAUACACCAGCCCAGUGAACCCGGCCGUGUUCCCGCACCUCACCGUGGUGCUCCUGGCCAUCGGCAUGUUCUUCACCGCCUGGUUCUUCGUUUAUGAGGUGACUUCUACCAAGUACACACGGGACAUCUACAAGGAGCUGUUGAUCUCCCUGGUGGCCUCGCUGUUCAUGGGCUUUGGGGUCCUGUUCCUGCUGCUUUGGGUCGGUAUCUACGUGUGAGGCCUGGCCGAAGGAGCCCCAGGUGGGAAGCCUUGCAGAAGCUCUUUUUAUAUUUCUUUUAUACGUCAACAACAAAGCCUAUAUCAGACAUGGACUGUGCUCCUGUCAGGUGACUUCUGCCAGCACAACAAACCAAAGCUGAAUAAAACUGGUUCUGUGAUA